AUGGGAAAACGCAGCCACGAGUCAACGGAGCUGCAGCCGAAGAAAAAAUCCAAGGCGGAUAAGCAAUCCAAGGAGAAAAAGGCUGUCGAGGAGACCGGAACUUCGGAUUCCAGCAACACAAGCUAUACUCAAGCUUCCGCUCUCAGUGAUCUUCCACAGUCGCAGAUUGAUCAGUACCUCCAGGACAACAUCAUUAAGACCACCGAUGCCUCUGCCGACGGCCCUAGCCUUCGCCCCAUACUUCAAUUUGAAUAUCUCCCUCCCUGUGAAGGCGAGCUGUACAAAUCAUUGAAGUCAUUCUCUGCCCCGACUUCUAUUCAGGCCGCUACCUGGCCAUUGUUGUUUUCCAACCGUGAUGUGAUUGGUAUUGCAGAAACCGGCAGUGGCAAGACUUUGGCAUUUGGCCUGCCCUGCCUUAAAAAAAUGAUCGACUCCAAACGCAGCAAGAAGCCAUGCCAUCCCACCGCAGUUAUCAUUUCCCCCACGCGCGAGCUCGCGAUGCAGAUUCAUGAUCAGCUUGUCAAAUUUGCCGCGGUGGCGAAGGUUGGUGUAACGUGUAUUUUUGGAGGUGUGGGAAAGGAUGAGCAACGUGAAGCCCUGAAGACGGCUGCCAUUGUGGUUGCCACACCCGGUCGUUUAAAGGAUCUACAGAAUGAUGGAUCCGUUAACCUUGGGAAAGUCAAGUAUCUUGUUUUGGAUGAGGCUGAUCGCAUGCUGGAUAAAGGAUUUGAGCAAGAUAUCAAGGAAAUUAUCCAACCCAUGCCAGUCUCCAGAAGGCAAACAGUUAUGUUCACGGCAACCUGGCCGCGAUCGGUCCGCGAUUUGGCUGCUACUUUUAUGAGCUCUCCCGUCACUGUGACUAUCGGUGGCGAUCCUUCCGCUGACCCCCGUGCGAACACGAGGAUCAAGCAGGUUGUUGAGGUUCUAGACGGGCGGGAUAAGGAGAACCGACUCAUUCAACUCCUCGCUCGCUCUCAGAGAGGAUCCUCGAACCCCGAGAAGGUUCUGGUAUUUUGCCUUUACAAGAAAGAAGCAAUGCGGGUUGAAAGACUCAUCAGCUCCAAGGGCUUCAAGGUUGCCGGUAUCCAUGGUGAUCUGAACCAGUCUGAUCGUUUCCGAAACCUAGAGGCCUUCAAAAGUGGCACUGCUACUGUUUUGGUUGCAACCGAUGUCGCAGCGCGAGGUCUGGAUAUCCCUGCCGUGAAGUUGGUGAUCAACGUCACAUUCCCCCUCACCGUAGAAGACUACGUACACCGUAUUGGGCGAACUGGGCGAGCCGGUGCUGAGGGUCAUGCCAUCACCAUGUUUACUGAACAGGACAAGGCUCUUUCGGGCGGAUUGAUCAAUGUGCUCAAAGCUGCCAAGCAAGAAGUCCCAGAGUCAUUGUUGAAAUUCGGCACUACUGUCAAGAAGAAGCAGCAUGGUGCAUAUGGCGCAUUCUUCAAGGAUGUUGACACCGAUCAAAAGGCGACCAAGAUUACAUUUGACGAUUGA